AUGGCGUACCGCAAUCGCAACAACCGUCAGGGGGCCUCGUCCUCAUUCAGAGAGCACGACGCCGCCUAUAACGACGAUGGAUACUACGACAACAACGGCUACGACGACGUGGGUUACGCUUUCAAGGACGCAGCAGGUCAUGGCAACGGCGCCGAACAUCACAAGCAGUCUGACGACUACAAUCAGGGUCCUACGCCCGACCAGCUUGACAAGGCAGAAUGGGUCCAUGACCGUUGGCAGGGCGACGAAGACGACCGUCCGUACAGGAAGAAUGACCGUCAGGCCUUCAAGCCUCUCGACAGCUACAAUCAAGCCCGCGGCCCGAAGAUUACCCCCGGCGUUCAAGUCACGAUCCGUGGCUUCCCUCACGAUGUCUCCGAGUCCGAAGUUCGCGACCUGGCCGAACAGUUCGGCGACGCGCUGGAGGUCAAACUGAUCUUUGACCGUACGGACCGAUCUACCGGUAUCGCGCACAUCACCUACAAGGACGAGGACACCGCUCGUGCCGCUGUGCGUGACAUUCACGGGGCCAAAGCGUACGGAAAGCCCGUCACUGCGAGUAUCACGGCCCGCAACUCCACUCAAAAGCGCUCUUUGUUCGAGCGGAUCGAGAACCCGAUCGUCAACAACCGCGACACUUCGCGUGGAAGAAUCAACAAUCGCACCGAGCGAGGCCAGGCAAAGGGCCCCCGCAACGACAGCCGGCGUGACAGCAGCAACCGCGGGUACAACAGCAGCAGGCGCUCUAGUGACGACAAGGGCACGAAGGGGGGACGCGGACGCCCCGCGAUGGACCGCUACGUCCCGCCGCACCGCGAAUCUGGCGUGCUGGGCCCGCGCGCUGGCGGCAAUCGUGUGGAGCGGAAGCCAGCCACGCAAGGCCGCCGUGGUGGCAGAGCCGAGCGCCCAAAGCUGACGCAAGAGCAACUCGACAAGGAAAUGGACGCGUAUUUCGCGUCCAAGGACGCUGCUGGUGGAGCCGAGCCUGUGAAGCAGGCCCCGGCGGCAGUAGUUGCCCCUGCGGCUGCCAAAGCCGACGACAUGGACCUGGACUUGGACCUGUGA